UAAAAACAGCCAUGUUUCGUUGUCAAACAAAACAUUUGCUCACUGGUGAAAUAAAACAAAGUGCCAAUUAUGGACGACUUAUUGUCACUGAUGCUCAAUCACGAAUGCCACCAAAAAUUAUCGCUACAAUAGGCUAUAAUAAUAAUAAUGGUGGUGUUAAUAGUCCAACUAAUAAAAAUUUCGGUUAUAAUCGAAAACAAAAAGUGAUAGCCAAUUUUGGUGAUAUUAUCGAGCUACCAUGUUUAGUACAAGCUAAUCCUUGGCCAACAUUCACCUGGUAUCGAAUGAAUCAUAAUAAUAAAUAUUCAUCAAUUACACAACCAAAAAUUUAAUGAUCCACAACAUCAAUCAUCAUCAUCAUUGUUAACGCCUAUAUUGAGUGGCGCAAAAAAUUAUUCAAAUUGAUAGUUCAU